AUGCCUCCCGCGGACUCAGCUGCUCUAAUUGUGGCAAGGUUCCUCAAGUCCAAUCGCUACGAAGAGUCAUAUGAUGCGUUCGUCCGUGAAGCAGGCCUGCCGCAAGAUGCUGGCACUGUCGGCAAAGGAGAUCUAACGUUGGAAGUUUUGCUGGAAGAGAAGAAGACCUUCGACGUGAGCGUGCAGUUCGAGAAGUUGGGCGUGGAAGAUGAGGUUCAUGAAUGGACUGUCCCCGCGCCAUCGACAGCUAUGUCUAUCCCGGACUUGCCACAAAAGUCAAACCUCCUGAGCGCGACAGUGGGAACACUUGCCAGCUCUGGCAAUCCAUCGCAGCAACACCUUUUUGCCUCUUCCGCCACCAGACGACUACACAUCCUGGACGUUCCAUCAUGCGAGCUCAGGACAUCGACCGCGACACUGCACGAUUCACCCAUCUUGUCAUCUGUAGUGCUGCGAGAUCGUGUCUUGAUCACUGCGUCUAUGUCCGGCCGUCUUAUCGCAAGCGACCUCGACGGCAACGUCCUCGACAAGCGUACAGAUCACUCAAAGUACAUCGUCAAAGCUGCUGUGCUACACACUACACCGUCCGAUAUAAUUGCAACGGCUGGAUGGGAUUGCGAGAUCAACAUCUACACGCCCGGGAAUGAUCAACCCUUCAAAUUCCGCUCUCCAUUUGCCACCAUCUCACUACCAACCAAACCAGAGGCCAUGCUGCUAAUGCAACACCCAGACACCCAUGAGCCAAUACUGAUCAUCUCCCGCGCCGACUCCAACCUCCUCUACUUCUACACCACCGAAAGCGAGCCCCGCCUCCUCGGUCAACAAAACCUAGCACCGCACUCGAACGCUUGGGUCGCCUUCACGCCGUCAGCUCUGGCUCUCUGUCCUGCAGACCCAACACUUCUGGCUGUCGGAACGAACUCGCUCCCGCACAUGAAACUCCUCAUAGUCCGGCUGCUGAUACCGCCGUUCGCACCAGAAGCAGUACCCACCGCAGCACCCACGGUCAGGCGAUCUCUGCUUGACGACACUCCCGUCCCCGAAACGCAAGCCUCACAAGCCCGCGCAGCUCUCGCCAUUGCAGAUCGCGAAGCAGCAGCGAUACAGAUCCACUGCAACACUAUGGCGCCGCAAACGGCGUACUCCACGCCCGCGAUAGCGUGGAGACCCGAUUCUACCGGCGUCUUUGUUAAUGGGGACGACGGGGCUAUUCGAGGGAUCGAAACGAGUACGGGUAAGGUGAAGACUGUGCUGAAAGGUCACGAGGAAGGGAGUAAAGUACGGUGUUUGUGGGCCGGUGAGGUGGUGGGGGAGGAGUGGUUGGUCAGUGGUGGGUUUGAUCAGCAGUUGAUUGUGUGGAAGAUCGAUAGAAAUGGGGCAUAA